AGGCCACCAAAGGACGCCAUUGAAGAUAUAGAAAGCAAUCUGCCAUUAACUCUUUGUCAGAUAUGAAGGAUAUUUAAAUUACUUCAGAUCAGAGAGAUAUACAAUCUAUACAUAAGUUUGUUAAAUUGAAAAAAGUGUGACUUCUUCCGAAAACGUUCGAGUUUUAUCGCUAUGGAUGGUAUUGUCAAUUCAUGUCCCCUAAACUUAACAGAUACAGAGGAAACUUCUGCACAAUUGGGCUGUGGUCGUGAUAAGUAUGGUAAUGAUCAGUAUUUAUGUGUCCCUAACAUAGAGAAGACAGGUCUUGUAGAAUUAUGUCACAAUGGAGUCAUGGGGAUAUUAGAAAGGGGUUAUUGUUUGGAAACCGCUGAGGGUAAACUGAUUUCAAGUAACUGCUCUGAAUUCCUAUCAGGCUGUCCAGAUGUUGAUUUCCACAUCAACGAAAUAUACAAAUAUCCUGCUUGUCAAAGGAUUGAUACAGAGCACCGUUGCUAUGUUGCUGAUCCAUCAUGUUUAAAUGACACAUGGGACAUAUCUACAAAAGAAACAAUGGAAGCAUUUUCCCCUUGGUUAACUACAGAUCAUAGUAUUUAUAACAGAACAGAAGUGAAUAUUCAAACAACUCCAUACAUGGAUGAUCAUAGUAUUUAUAACAGAACAGAAGAGAACAUUCAAACCUCAUCCAUGGAUGUUGACACCGCACAUAUAUGGGCAAUCAUGGGAAGUUUUGUUGUCAUAAGUGUUGUGUUAAUUCUUAUUCUUGUGAUGAAGAGGGCAAGGGUUGUAUGGAAUAGAGAGCAAAGGCAGAAAAAACGGGGGGAAGUAAAAGCUUCCGACGAAACAGAACUGUUGUUGAAAAAACCAGAGACAGCCGUCCCAGGGACAAUAAAGGAACAAGAAACAGGUGUCAGUAUUGAACUAGAGGCAAGGAAGCUUGAUGUCAUAGAGGCCGUUAUAGGGCAAAAAUUCCCUGACGUUGAAGAAGUACUCCGCCGACUGGGUGGUUAUAGCCUAUGGAGGACAAAGAUAUCAGAUCAGUUCUCCAAACUAACUGAUGCUGAGAUGUUCGUGUUAUUUUGUUUUCUGUGUUCUGACUCCGAUACCCCAGACUUCACUGAUACAGAGUGGCUUGAUUUUCUUAACAAGAUGCGAAAAGAAGAAUACAAUAAAGUGAAUCCUGUAACAAGUGAGGAAGCACAGCUGACUCUGAACAGACUGAAGUCAUACAAUUUCCUUUUAGAUGAUCAGGACAAGAUCACUGAGGAUACGAAGCAUGAGACAAUGUAUAAAAUAGCGUCAUUGAUAUCUUAUGUAUAUAUACUAGUUAAUUACAGUAGUUAUAACACUGUCAAAGUGUACCUGAGAGAACACAGAUAUCACAGAAAACCUCAAGAAAAGUGUGUCAUUGGUGAUAGUAAAGCUGAAUAUGAUGAUAUGAACCACUGUGAUUAUUUAAUGAUACAACGUCUACAGAUGAACAUACUGGCUCAUAUCACCAUGGAGGAUAUGGAUAUGUAUACAUGUAAAGAGAUAUACAAGAUUCUGAAUGUUCCAGAAAAUAUAUUAAAGAAGAGCAAGGAUAACCGCAAAGAAUUCCUGAUGGAUCUAAGAAGAGGGGAGGCUUUGAAUUACAGAGGAAGAUCACAGGACAGCGUAGAUCAUGUAAUAUGGCUCUGGAGAUACAGGAGACCUGAUAUCGUAAGAUCCUGUAUAGGACUCCAUCCACAUAACGACAUAUACAUACUCGACAACAAGGCUUACAGAAAACCAAGUAAUUACCAAAACUAUCCUCCGGAUGUCAGAUAUCUAUUGUACUGCGUACUGUUAGCUGAGAAUUAUCAGUUGAAUCUCAAUGAACAACCACAGAAAAUUAGAGGAGAUAAAUUGAGGAUAAAAUAUUUUCCUACUGUAACCCAACUCUGUUCUGUAGACCUACCUGAUGGAAUACUAGAAACAAAUAAUGGUGAUAUUAGAUUUAUCUCAGAUAACACCCGACAUGAUGUUAUGUACGCCUUUGUCACGGAGUGUCUGGUUAAGGAGAGUGAUCUAGAGUUUUUCCUGACCAUGGCGUCACGUGAUGUGAUAUCAGAAUACUGCAGGUCCUGGGAUUAUAAGAGGGGUGAAGGAGAGAGAUGCUUGUUUCUUCCGGACAGACCAGGGAAGAUGUACAACCUCUUCGUAGAUAAACUACAACUGGAAAUCAUCAAACACUGUACCGUGUUGGACAAACAUAUUCAUGGCAGUAUCAGUGUUAAUUUGGGAGUCCCAGAAGAAAUACUAGAAUGGGACCAGGAGGCAAGAGAGCGGUAUGUGGAGUACGCUAAAAGAGGAACACAGACGGUCCACCAUGCCAGGGGGAUGAUCGUUGGAUGUGCUGGGGCGGGGAAAACCACGCUACUUAAACGACUGCUUGAUUGUAGUGAAAAAGAGAUUAAGGAAAUAAAAUCUACUGAGGGAUUGGAGGUGCAUGAAGAAAUAUUUGAUAUAUGUGAUGAAACCAAAUCUUUAGAAACAAGGGCAAAAGAGAAAGACUACGAAAAUAGAAAAAAUCUUGAUGCAAAGACUCUUAGUAUCUUUGACUUUGGGGGACAGUGUGCUUACUACGCUUGUCAUCAGAUUUACCUGACCAGGAGAGCUUUCUAUGUAGUGGUGGUUGACGCAUCUAAACGUCUUGACCAGAAGGUUGAUAAAGCCGUAUGUGAUCAGGAUGGCAGUGUGUUCUCUGGAUGGACAUAUGGAGACUACUUUGUGUUCUGGAUAAAGUCUAUCCACACCUACUGUGGAUCAGACAAUGAAAAAGAUCCCAAGCCCAUAGUGCUGAUUGUUGCGACUCAUUGGGAGGAAGAAAUCAGGCAGUUUAAGGAUAAAAAGGACUUGAUGAAGAGCCUGCAGUGUCAGUUUCCGAAGUCAUCUUAUCUACCACAGUACAUCAGAGAUGAUAACUUUCAUUGUACACAGUUUUCUCUACCUCUCCAUGACUUAGAAAGAAACUUUUUCGAAAUAGCUUCUCAUCAACGAUGGAAUGAAAGCAUUCCAAAAGAAUGGUCUUUCUUUGGAAUAGAAAUAAACCAGAAAAAAACAUCAGAGCGGAUCACGAAGAUUUCAGAAAUAACAACAAAAGUUCCAGAGAUUACUGCUGAAGGACAGAAAUGUUCUGAUAAAUCUGAAAAAGGAACACAAGAUAUGCUUCGAUACUAUCAUGAUGCUGGAAAAGCUUUAUAUUUUCCUGAAAAUGGUUUGGACGAAGAAGUAAUUAUUGAUGUGCAAUGGUUUAUUGACGCCUUCAAACAUACCAUCACAGACGAGCUAAAUUUCAAAGGUAUUCCAGUGACCCAAGCGGACUGGGAAGAAUAUUACAAGACAGGACAUUUGAAAGACCGACUUCUCACAGAGAUAUGGAAACACAAAGAUGAAGAGUUGUUUAAAAAGCUAAGGAAAAUAGACGAAAACAAUGAUGUGAGAGGCGAGUCUUAUGACAGAGAUAAACAAUUUCUACAAUAUCACAAGGAAUCACUUCUCAAUUUUAUGCAAAGACUUGGUCUGUUGGCUCUUGGCGAGGACUCGCACUACGUUCCGUGCAUGAAUCGGAAAGAGAUGGAGACAGUUAUUCCAAAUAUCAUUCAUACAUCAGAGAAUAAAUCAUCCGUUCUUAUUUUUCAAUUUACAUUUCUCCCAUUUUUCUUGUUUUUUCGUCUUGUUGUUGCUUGUAUGCAGGAAAAUGGUUGGACUGUACUUAAAACGCAUGGAACAUCUUGCCUCUACAGAAACGCUGCUUUAUUUUCAUUUGAUAGAUACAAUGUUGUAUUAUCCGUCACAGAAGACUCUAUACAACUUCAGAUAUAUCAUUCCAUGUCAACUGGUGUUUUGGAAAGGGAUAAAACACAAAAAAUCCAAGGAAGAAUAGAAGAGAUAUUAAAUGAUUUUGUUGGAAGAUUUCACAGGAAGAUGUUGUUCGUAAGAGGCUUUAGGUGCCGGAUGGACAAUACAAAUGCGAUACCAGUGGAUAUCAAAGAUCAUUUUCUGUCUGAGAAAGACAUUCCAAAGGACGACCAGGAAAUAAUUUGUCCUCUGCAUUCCAUGUUUGAUCGACAUACUAUCAAUACCAAAGAAUUCACCAGAUAUUGGAAAAUUUAGAUGAAUGCAAAAUAAUGCAGCAUAAAAAAUCCCAUUUUUGCAGUUUGCAGAUAGUACCAGUUUUUAGUGUAUCCUCUUAAAAUUGUAAAAACCGACAUAUAUCGACCAAAUAUACAAAGUACAGUGUAUUAUAUAUAUAAAAAAAAAAGAAUAAUGAAUAUUAUGUAUCGCUCGCGCCACGUUUGUGUAUUUUGAUUAUAUCAUAACUAAAACAAUGACUAACUAAGGCUGUUUU